AUGGCGGGAGCUGUGCGCCAGCCUAUAGACCUGCCCUCGUUGGAGCGGUAUAUUGACCAGAACGUACCAGCACUCAAGACGCCACUGGAUAUCAAGCAGUUCGGUUUUGGCCAAUCCAACCCCACCUACCAGCUCACCACCGCCGAUGGUAGGAAGGUCGUGCUGCGGAAGAAGCCUCCUGGAAAGCUGCUGUCGAAGACGGCACAUCGCGUGGAGCGAGAAUACCAAAUCAUCAAGGCAUUGGGUGGGACCGAUGUACCAGUACCGGAGGUGUUCUGCCUGUGUGAGGAUAACGACGUGAUUGGGACACCGUUCUACAUUAUGGAAUUCCUGGAUGGGCGGCACUUCACCGACCCAGCGAUGCCUGGAGUCAGUGCAGAGGAGAGGAAUGCAUUAUGGAAGAAUGCCGUGCAAACCCUUGCGAAGUUUCACUCGGUGGUGCCCUCAUCCGUAGGUCUUGAAGGAUUUGGCAAGCCAACGAACUUCUUCGACCGCCAACUCGCCACGUUCAACACCAUCUCGAAAGCGCAAGCAGCGGUAGUGGACGCUGACACCAAAGAGCCCGUCGGCGAACUCCCUUACUUCGACGACAUGGUGCAGUUCUUCGCACAAAAGUCCUCGCAGCCACGCGACCGCGGAACUCUCGUCCACGGAGACUACAAGAUAGACAAUAUGAUCUUCCACAAGACCGAGCCGCGGGUAAUAGGAAUUCUCGACUGGGAGAUGGCAACGGUCGGGCAUCCACUGUCGGACUUUUGCAACCUGAGCAGUCCGUGGAUCAUGGAGGGCGCGGAUUCUCAACUAGAGACGUUCCAGACCGGGCGGGUGCCAGGGCUGCCGACGCGUGAGGACUGCAUGCGUUGGUACAGUGAGGUGGCUGGAUACAAUCCUGCUGAGGAUAUUCUUUGGGGUGAUGCGUUCUUUGCGUUCCGAGGCUCCGUCAUCAUGCAGGGCAUUGCGGCCCGGUUUGCAGGGCGUCAGGCCAGUAGUGCCCGGGCGGGAGAGUAUGCUAAGCGGGCUAAACCUUUUGCGAUGGGAGCGUGGGAACGGGUGCAGCGGGUGCAACGACUCUCGCAGGGGAAGUUGUAA